AGCAAAUAUAGUUGAUAUCACAGAAUGAAAGUAUUGUUUGUUCUAGCAGCUCUUGUGGCCGCAGUAAGUGCACUGCCUAUCGAGGAGCGUAUUCAUGGCGAGAAUGGCUGGUAUGUCCCCCAAAUAGAUGGCACCAGCGAGUGGAUUGACCUGAAGGAAGCCGAAGACAUGCUGUCGUUGGGUGAUCAGAUGGAGGAUCGCAGUAGCGGGAAUGCCGUGGACUUCUAUCUUUACACCAGCUCAAACCCCACCAAGGGCAAGCAAAUCGAUGCUAGCGAUGCGUCCAUUCGUGACUCUCACUUCAACAAGGAUCAUCCCACUCGAUUUGUUAUUCACGGCUGGAAUGGUCGUUCCACCGACUCCAUGAACACCGAAAUCACUAAGGCCUGGCUGUCCAAGGGCGAUCACAACAUCAUCGUUGUGGAAUGGGCGCGUGCACGCUCCUUCGAAUAUGCCUCCUCGGUGGUCGCAGUUCCCGCCACUGGUGCCAAGGUGGGUGAAAUGAUCAAGUAUCUACACGAUAAGCAUGGCAUGUCCUUGGAAAGUCUGAUGGUCAUUGGCCACAGCUUGGGUGCCCAUGUUGCUGGAUUCGCUGGCAAGACUGUUGGCGAAGGUCGCGUUCACACUAUUAUUGGCUUGGAUCCUGCUCUGCCUCUGUUCAGCUAUGACAAGCCCAGCAAACGUUUGUCCUCCGAAGAUGCCUUCUACGUGGAGUCCAUCCAAACCAAUGGCGGGAAGCUGGGUUUCCUCAAGCCGAUCGGCAAGGGUGCCUUCUACCCCAAUGGCGGCAAGAAGCAGCCUGGAUGUGGAUUGGACCCAACCGGCUCCUGCUCCCAUGGUCGCUCUGUGACCUACUAUGCUGAGGCUGUCACCGAGGAUAACUUCGGCACAAUUAGGUGCCAUGACUACGAGGCAGCUGUCAAGAAGGAAUGUGGCAGCACAUACAGCAGCAUUCGCAUGGGAGCUGAUUACAACGCCUACAUGGUCGCCGGCGAUUUCUAUGUGCCUGUGAACAGCAAGGAGCCAUUUGGCAAAAUCGAUCUGAGGGAAAGAUCUGAAUAAAGUAUGAAGUCAGCAACUGAA